AAAAACGAUUACAGAAUAAAAUCAAAGCGAUAGAAUUUUAUUACGUAAUUUCUUUGUAUCGUCGGAUUGAUUUGUGUGCAAAUCAGAUAUUUUUGUGUCUCGGAACAUUGUAUAUUUCUUUUCUUUGCUAUUUGACUCGUUAGUAACAGAGUGUCGUUUGCAGUCUUGUACCUGCGUGCUUGCCUUUGCAGUGUCAGUUGAGGCUGAUCUACGAUGAUUGACCUCACGGUAAAGACUUUGGAUUCACAAAACCAUGCUUUUUCAUUGGAAGACGACCAAAUUACAGUACGAGGUUUCAAAGAACAUAUAGCAGAGUCGGUGUCUGUACCAGCAGAUUCACAAAGACUUAUUUAUUGCGGGAGAGUCCUCCAAGAUGAGAAAAAGUUAAACGACUAUGAUGUCAACGGAAAAGUUAUACACCUGGUGCAACGCGCACCGCCUCAACCUGGUCAGCGAGGGAAUGACGGAGGUCAAAUUGAUGGCCAAGGUCAAGGCCAUGGACAGCCUGGACAAAAUUCACAAAGAACACAAUAUAGACUGACGCGAGCACAAAUGCAUGGCAAUGCUAUGUAUUUGGGUGCAAUGUCAGUUCCAGCUGAAAUUGUAGAAGGACAUGGAUUGCCGGUCCCUGAGUUGAGCAAUAGUUUGUCCAACAGUCGUUUAAAUUUGGCAAGACGAAUGCUUAAUCGGGAAAAUGAACUUAUAGAAAGACUUGAUGACCCUGGUUGUCCUCUUAACCCCCCUUCAUCAGAAAGUAAUCAACCACUUUCAGCUCAGCAAGUGCAAGUUCAAUUAGAAGCAGAACAAUUUAAUAAUGAAGGUAGAACAAUUGUUGGAACAAGAAUAACAGAAGAUGCGGCAGCUGCUUUCGCAGCUGGUUGGUCUGCAACUGGAAAUAAUGUCACAUUAAUUAGAGCAGGAAAUUUUGACGACAGUGGUGAAACAGUACCACUAAAUGAUGCUAAUGACGCUAAUGACGAUAAUCAACCAGAUGCACAACAGCCGCAACAAUCGCAAUCUGAACAACAAGGAUCUACAUCAAAUAACACAGAUAGGCAAUCCACGUCACAACUUCCACGACCCCCACAAAUGGCAGAAUUGUUGGAACUAUUACUGAAUACUCAAGAUAGAUUACGACCUUAUAUAGAACGUUAUCGAGACCUUAUGCUUGCUGAUCGUCCAUUAAAUCGAGGAAGUGAACCUGAAAGCGUGGAAGAAAGUCAGAGAAUAGUAGAUGGCGUAAGCGAAAGCUUACACUACUUAUCUCAUGCUUGUCAUGCAUUGAGCGAUAUAAUUGUCGAUAUGUCACAACAACCGCCCAGAAAUUUGCGAUGUAGACCAAUUAUUAUUCAGCACUCAGCUAUUUUGCAACCCGGUAUACCAAUUCAAGUAGAGGCACACAUUAGUUUACAUGGUCGGAAUGCAAAUAACAAUAAUGGUGGUGAAGAAAAUAAUGACUCUGCAACUACACCUGCACAAGGGGAAACAAAUGAAACUGCUACAGAAGAAGCUAAUCAACAACGGGAACCUGAAGCUGCUACUCAACAAACGGAGCAACAACAACGAGAUCAGACACAAUCUCCAUUUGGUACAGUAUUUAACUUGCCAAAUAACUUAGAAGUGUUAAUGGAGGUUAGUCCUGAAAAUAAUAUGGAUGCUCCGUCGGGAAGUGAGCAACCUCAAACAGGUGAAAAUAAUAACAACAAUAACAAUAAUAGAGGGAGAGUGGGUGGUAAUAUUGGUUCAUUUCCCUGGGGUUCUGCUCCUCCCCCAGAUUUUAUACGAAACUUAAUGCAGGCUGUUGCUGGUUAUAUGGUACAAGGUGGUAUUACUUCCACGACAAUUAGAACUGAAAAUCCUCCAACAGCUGGAGGACAACAAACAGUUGGUGCAACGUUCGAUGGAAAUACAAACGCUGGCCAAAGUACACAAGCAAGAAGUAACGUCGGUACUCAUCCUACUACAGCAACUCAAACUAGGAGUACGUCACGUCCACAUGUAUUCCAUCAGCAGGCACAUCCUUUAGGCGUGGGAAUGAGUAUAGGCCAAGGAUUUGAUUUGGAUCCAUUUCUUCCUUGUAAUUCACAUCACGUUCGUCGAGCAUCGACUACAACUUCUAGUACUGUCACUUCGACAUCGCAAGGAACACGGACAAGCCAAACAUCCACUGCCGAAACUCAGACUCAGCCACAAACAGCAACAACUUCAACUACGACUAGUAACACCAGCUCUACAAAUACUACACCUGUAACAACGGCACGAGAAUAUCCCCCUUUUAUAAAUUAUAUACGACGAGCGAUAGAGGCAAGAAACGGUCGGCCACCAGCUAACAUGGCCCGUCGUGUGCUCGUAGAUGCAGGAAGGGUGGCAUUCGGAAAUGGACCUGUAGGGAUUUACAGUAGGAGUUAUACUGCAAAUGUAAAUAGGAAUGAUUUUAGUCCUUCUGUCGCGGAAUGUUUGCUUCCCUUCAUGGCAUUUUUUACGGCCCAGAAUGCACAAAACGAAGAUAAUUUAUUUGUAAAUUUGGGUCUAUCAGUGUUUGAACAUAUGUCUGUACAAGAUAUGAUGGAAUUACGAGACGGCAAUUGGGAACCACUUUCUUAUCAAAGAAGGUACAUACUAGAAUUCUUUCAAAAUGCUUAUCCGAAUGCUACCACGGAAACACUUCAGGAACAAGUUACAGAACGAAUUGUGUCAGAGUUGAUACCUGAUCUUCAAGAGUUGUUAGAAGAAGAAGAAGAAGAAUAUGCUAAUAAUAGAAAUGAAUCGCGUAUAGAUAUUUGCGCGACUGUAGAAGCUUUGCUACGUCGAUGUAUAAAUGAUUUUCUGCGAUUACUUUUUAAUAAUGAUGUUAGCGAUGAUAGAUUUGGACAAGAAGCUUACAUUAUUUUGCAUAAUUUGGGAAGACAGUUAUGGGCAGUGCUUCGAUAUUCGAUUCGCAAUGGACAAACAGGAUUGGAAACUAUUAUAUCACGCUUUUGGACUUUGAUAAGUGAAGAGCGUAACCCUGUGUUACGUGUCUGGCUGCAGGAAGCUCUUCCCCAUUAUAGAGUAUCGCUGCCCCCAGAUUCAGAAAUUCUUCCACUUUUAAUAUACAAGGAUGCAGCACCCUCUCAAUCAUCAACGGUGCCUUCGGCCCCAGCACAUCAACCUUCGCAAACACAACCCGAGGUGGAGCCUAUGGAGACUGAAACUGUAGAAGAGAGAACAACUUCUGAAGCAUCUCUGUCAGAUGAUAGUAGAGAGGAAGUUCCGGAAACAUUUCCAGAUCAUGAAGCACUACCUUCAGAUUGGGUGCCAGUGAUUGCCCGGGAUGGAGUAAGGCAACGUCGUCAGUUACAAAUGCAAGGAAUGACAAACGGUGGUGUAGCGACAUUUAGCGAUGCCUACUUAGGUACACUGCCUACUAAACGGCGUAAACUUAUUGAAAAACAAAAACCACGGUUAUUAGUCAGCCCAACCCCUAAUAAUUCAGCAAUAGCAGCAUCCAUGGAACGUUUAGUUCGAGAAGGUGUAACACGAUCUGGUGUUGAAGAAGUUGAUGGUGCUGCGGUUGCUGUAGCUGUAGAUCCUGGUGUAAGACGUGCGUUUGGUCAAGCAAUCAGAGACUGCUUGAAUCCACGUAGAUACGGAACACCAGAUUUUCCAGAUCCUUUACGUUUUCCUAACGCAACUAAAUAUUUUGCGGAUCAAGAUAGGCCACCGAAAUAAUAACUAUAAGAAGGAAACAGUUUAUAAUGGCUUAGAGUAUUUAUAAAGGAGAAACGGGGUAGCGUAAAAGAGUGAAAAAUUACAGCGACCAAGGAAUAUACAAGAUACAUUCACAACUUGUAACCACAAAUAUUAUUAAUAAUUAUAACUGUAACGCAACACAAUAAUUUCUUUUAAAUCUAAAAUGUCUUAAACGAUAUCACCCAAUGAAAUAUUACAUAAACUAUUAUUUUGUUUAAUCAAUAUAGUAUGUAGCUUGUGAGGUAUAUCUAAUUUUUCAAUGUAUAAAUAUGUUAAAUAAUUAAUAUUGUACUUCUAUAUUAUUAAAAAUUGCAGUAUAUCGGCUAUCCUUGCUCUCUCUCUCUCUCGUUGUACUCUAAGCAUAAAUUUACCCCAACGCAACACUAUAUUAACACACUUCUUUCAUAUUAAACAGCGUUUUCUGUAGAAUUAUUGUUAUGCAAAUGAAGUGUAUUAUUCAUAAUCAAACGACACGUGUAGGUAUCGUACAGACAGUGAUGUGUAUUGGCGAUUAUUAUACUUCUAACCUAUGCAUUAUUGUAAGCUAUUUGAGUGUCGUCAAUAUUAAAAUGAUCUUUUUAAUAUUGAUUCUACUCGUUUAAUACCGAUGACACUACUGAAUAAUAUAAACUGUAACAAUUUAUAGCCCAAUAUCUAAUUUAAAAGGAAAAAAAAGUAUAUGAAGUCAUUGAAAAUAUUUA